AUGAGACCCAAGAGAAAGGCAACCAUUAACAAAUCUUAUAAUGAUAAUAUAGAUUAUUCGUCAUUUGAAGAGCAGAAAUCCAAGAAGGUCAAACGAGAGAAUGGGGUUGAUAAAACCAGUCCAAAUCCCGUAGUUAAUGAAAAACCUAAGGAAGAGCCUAAGGAUUCUAAAACUACGGGAAUAUCAUUAAAUGGGGUUAAUUUUCAACCUAUUCCUACCAAAGAAGACUAUUUCUCCCACAAAAUCAACCUUUCCAAUGCCACCAUUGAUAUCCCCACCAAAACCUUACAUAUACCUUCGAUGAAAUUGAAAUUGUCAAAAGGUGAUUUCAUUUAUAUGGUGAGUGAACCACCAGGAGAACCAUAUUAUAUCGGGAAAAUCAUGGCUUUCAAACACAAAGAUGAUCAACAACAAGACAUUCGACUCCGAACCAUCUCGGGCCCCGAAUUGAAGAAUUAUCAAUUCCAAAUUCAAUGGUUUUAUAGACCUCGAGAUAUUCUGAAACUGUCCAAUGAUUCUCGUUUAUUGUUUGCAUCCAUGCAUACCGAUACUUGUCCAUUGAUCUCGUUCAGAGGCAAGAUCCAAGUCAAACAUCGAGAUGAAAUUGAUAAUUUUGAUGCUUAUAAGUCCACAGCCAAUAACUUUUAUUUCGAUAAAUUGUAUGAUAGGUAUAUGAUGAAAUUUUAUGAUGUAGUAUCCACUUCCCAUUUAUUGAAACUAUCGGAUGAGGAUUGUAAGAGUAAGAACUUCCUUAUAGCCAUGAACAAGAGAUUUGAAUACAUUAUGGUGGAACCAACUAUCACCAAAUUCUUAAUAUCGGGAUUCUUAUCAAAUUCAUGUACUUGUGAUCAAUGUGGACAAUGGUGUUCUAAUCAGGAUAGUGUCAAUUGUGCUGAAUGUAACAGUUUUUAUCAUAUGCAUUGUUUAGAUCCUCCACUUCUACGUAAACCCAGUAGAGGGUUUAGUUGGCAUUGUGAGAAUUGUACUAAACGUCAUAUUCAAGAAUUGAAAGCCAAAAAAAUGGUUAUGUUGGGUUCUGAUAAUAAAUCAAGUAAUAUAGAUGAAAUAGAGAAUGACCAGAUAGAACAGUUUGAGAGUUCAGCUAGCGAUGAUGAAAAAGAUAUGGAGAAAUCAAAUGUUGUACCGAAAUAUGAGUUACAAGCUAUAGAAUUUCUAGCCAAUGAUAAGUUAACGUUUCAGGAAAGAAGAUUGAAUGAAGAAUGGUGUAUGAGAUAUUUGGGGAUGAACUCCAAGCUAGAAGAUGUUUUAGACUUGGAUGAUCGGUCCCCUUAUCCAAGAUCAGCUACAAGGUUAGGAUCCAAAUAUCAAUGUCAUUUCAUUCCUGAAUUCAUAGAUCAUCCUAUAAUGUAUUAUGAUCCUCCAAAUAACAAGAAGAAACCGAAAAAGAAUGAAAAGGAUAAAUCAAAAUCACCUGGAGUGGAUAGUGAAAAAUUGGUAGUACCUAAAGAAUUUGAAAACGUUGAAAUCAAAGAUUAUCCUCAAUGGUUACAACCGAGACCUAAAGGAUUCAUAGAGAGAGGAACUGAUGAAACAUCUACCGCAUUAUGGGUGCCUCGAACUGAAGACAUAGAUGAAGGUUUCCAGAAAUAUGAUAAUUAUGUUGAUCAAUGUACUCCAAAAGCUAAUAAGUUGGGGAUACUGGAGAAGUCACCUAACUUCAUGGAUGCAGUAGCUAAAUUUUAUCACCAAACCAAAGGUAAUGUUGAGGAAUCACUUGAGAAAGUGAAUAAAUUAACUCUCAAAUCGUUACAUCAACCUAUUUUGAAACCAGAAGAGAUCACCAAAUUUGAAGAAGGGGUCAGGAAAUAUGGUAGUGAAUUAUAUCCAGUAUAUCAGCAUGUCGGUACGGUUCCUCGUUGGAUGAUUGUGAGGUUUUACUAUCUUUGGAAGAAAACACCUAAUGGGAAAGAGAUUUGGGGUAAUUUUGAAGGUAGACUUAAAAAGAAAGUUAAAGUGGUCCAUGAAGAUAAAGUUAAUUUGUACAAAGAAGACGAUGAUUCCGGUUAUGAUGAAGACAAAAUCCAAGAUUUAGACAAGCAAUGUAGAUAUUGUCAUACAAAUGAUUCUAUCCAAUGGUUCAGAUUGACUGGUCAAGAUACUGAAGAACAAGUGAAUGGAUUAUGUUUCAGAUGUGCUAGAUUAUGGAGACGUUAUGCCAUAGUCUGGGAAGAUCCAGGAGAAUUGGAAAAGAAGAUGAGUAAGUUAGGAAGAAAGAAACUCGAACAUGAAGUGGUUAAAGAUUUCGAUAAGAUUGUAGAAUAUGUUAGUAAGAAAUCUCGUAGUCCAACGCCAAAGAAAGAAAAGAAGGUAGAGAAGAAAGUGGAUAAGAAGAAAGAUGAAAAGGAAAAGGAAAAACAAAAAUUGAAAGAAGAGAAGGAGAAGAAGAGAUUAGAAGAAGAAGAGAUGUUAAGACGUCAAAAACUAGAAGUUAUACUCAACCCAUUAUCAUCCGAUUAUAUUGCUCCAGAAGAAUUGAAUUUAACACUCUCUGGAGAACCUCCUACUAAUAGGAUUGGAUAUCUUUUGAACUUUUCAAAGUAUAAUACUGUGGUUAAAACUGAGAAUCAAAAUACCUCCCCAACAAAGACUUCAAGUUGUGAAAUCUGUAAACAGUUUUCUGAUAAGGUUGGAGAUUUCCAGAGCUGCGAAAGUUGUGGAAUCUCAAUACAUUUAUCUUGCGUGGGAGCUGUAGGGAAACGGAAUAAGAAAUGGUUAUGUGAUUGUUGCAUCAAUGAUAUCAAUCCUAAUCCUUCACUUUCAUUGAAUUAUCAAUGUUAUUUAUGUGAAAAUCAUGGUGGAUAUAUGAGACCGGUGUUGAGUAAUGGUUUAUGGUGUCAUUGGAAUUGUGCUUUAGUACAAUCGAUAACCACACGUCCUUUCAAACCGUUUGGAGAUUUGAUAUAUAACUUGUUUGACAUUUAUUCCAUAGAUUUCUUCAAGAGUCAAACUUGUGGUAAAUGUAAUAACGAUGGAUGUUCCAUGAAAUGUAUCAAUUGUGAUAAACCUUGUCAUGGGAAUUGUGGGACAUUAAGUUUCUCCUUGAGUAACGAGAGUGGAAUCAGAAUAGGUAACAAACUGGGGAAAUUACUACCAGUAGUUCAAUGUUGUGAAAAGCCCGAAUCUGAUGAAAAUAAACAAUUGUAUGAUUUCAGAACUUCUGGUAAGAGAACCUCAUCAUCCAGAGACACCGUCCCUAUCAUUAAGUUAUACAUAGAGGAUUUGAAGACCAAAUCUUUCACCAAAACAUAUGUGGAUUUGGUAAGGGAUUAUUAUUCUUUAAGUAAUCCAAUCCCAACCUAUCCGUCAACUCACCACAAAUGUUCAAUGUGUUCAACCGAAGUUUCACCAACAUGGUAUAAUACCCCUGAGAUUUGUAAGAGUUGCUACGACAAUGACGGCCCCGUAGAAUAUGAGAAACCAGAAUUAUUGGAGAUUAUCAAAGAUCCUUUGCAAGGUCAACAAUUUGGUAUAAUGAAUUUUGAUGAUAAAGUGAAUUUGAAAUAUUUAGAAAUAUAG